UAAAAAGGGCGUAGACAACACGCAGCACCUAGAGCUGCUGGUCACUUUAUUCCUGCCACCCUGGUUCCUUGGGUGCCGAACGAGUGAAGUACUAGGUACGUUUUUAACAUUUAGAACGGGGGGGGGGGCGGCGGGGGAGCAUGUGAAACCGGAGUCUUGCUUUCACUUCCCCACGCCACGUGGGCCCUGACGCUACUUUAUUCUUUUUCUACGUCAUGCCAGACGCUAAGGAGAGGCGGGUCGCCGACCAGGCGAGCGCUGAGCCGGGCUUCACGCGAUGGGGGAGACGCGUUUUCCGACCGACCCCGGAAAUCCGCCAGUUGGGCUCGUGCCCCCUCUGAGAACCUCCCCGCCAACGGCAUCUGCCGACGUCACCACCGCCCCCACUGAAGCUAGAGCAGAUGCUGCCGCUUGACGUCACUUCCUGAGCGCCUGCCAGUUGUCCCGCCCAUUCGCGGCUUCUCAGCCCCGCCGCUGGUUUCAAUAUUUUCCCGCCCACGGCUCCUCCUCCUACGUCCUGACGUUAGCUAGGAGCGCCUGUGACACGUACAAUAUAAUUGGAGUGGGCGAGUGUGAUGUCAUCAAUAGGGGACGAGCGUCUGACUUCCCCCGCCGGAAGGACUGGUGGUGAAAAUGGCAGAGUGUUCUGGCCUUCAGUUUGUCAGCCCCUAUGCAUUUGAAGCAAUGCAGAAGGUGGAUGUUGUGCGCUUGGCAGCACUAAGUGACCCAGAGCUAAGGCUUUUAUUGCCUUGCCUGGUACGAAUGGCUCUUUGUGCCCCAGCUGAUCAGAGCCAAAGUUGGGCGCAGGAUAAAAAACUUAUCCUUCGACUCCUUUCGGGAGUGGAAGCUGUCAACUCAAUUGUUGCCUUGUUGUCUGUGGAUUUUCAUGCCUUGGAGCAGGAUGCGAACAAAGAGCAGCAGCUUAGACACAAACUUGGAGGAGGCGGUGGAGAAAGCAUCUUGGUGUCACAACUUCAGCAUGGUCUGACGUUGGAGUUCGAGCACAGUGAUUCCCCUCGUCGGCUUCGUCUUGUGCUUAGUGAAUUAUUGGCGAUUAUGAAUAAGGUUUUGGAGACAAAUGGUGAGUUUUUCUUCAAGUCAUCUGAACUCUUCGAGAGUCCUGUCUAUUUGGAGGAAGCAGCAGAUGUUCUCUGUAUUUUACAAGCAGAACUGCCUUCGCUAUUGCCCAUAGUGGAUGUGGCUGAAGCUCUGCUACAUGUUAAAAAUGGAGCCUGGUUCCUGUGUCUCCUAGUGGCCAACGUUCCUGAUAGCUUUAAUGAAGUUUGUAGAGGUUUGAUUAAGAAUGGUGAACGACAAGAUGAGGAAAGCCUUGGAGGCCGUCGUAGGACAGAGGCGCUUCGUCACCUGUGUAAAAUGAACCCUUCCCAGGCCCUGAGGAUCCGAGGCAUGGUGGUGGAAGAGUGCCAUCUACCAGGCCUUGGGGUGGCUUUGACACUGGAUCACACAAAGAAUGACUCUUCCGAUGAUGGAGUGAGUGACCUGGUAUGUUUUGUGAGUGGAUUACUUCUUGGAACGAAUGCAAAAGUUCGGACGUGGUUUGGGACUUUUAUCCGAAAUGGACAACAGCGAAAAAAGGAGAAUGUCAGUUCUGUGCUUUGGCAAAUGAGAAGACAGCUGCUCCUGGAAUUAAUGGGGAUCCUUCCCACUGUUCGCAGCACACACAUUGUAGAAGAAGCAGAUGCCGACAUGGAACCAAACGUAUCUGUGUAUUCUGGAUUGAAAGAAGAGCAUGUAGUGAAAGCCAGCGCGUUGUUACGUCUCUAUUGUGCUUUGAUGGGGAUUGCUGGUCUGAAACCAACUGAUGAGGAAGCUGAGCAGUUACUUCAGCUAAUGACAAGCCGUCCUCCUGCGACUCCAGCUGGUGUUCGUUUUGUAUCGCUCUCGUUCUGCAUGCUCCUGGCUUUCUCCACACUUGUCAGUACCCCAGAACAGGAGCAGCUGAUGGUAAUGUGGCUGAGCUGGAUGAUAAAAGAAGAAGCCUACUUUGAAAGCAUUUCUGGGGUGUCUGCUUCCUUUGGAGAGAUGCUCUUACUGGUUGCCAUGUAUUUCCACAGCAAUCAGCUCAGUGCAAUCAUUGAUUUGGUCUGUUCUACUUUGGGAAUGAAGAUUGUUAUUAAGCCCAGUUCACUGAGCAGAAUGAAGACCAUCUUUACACAGGAGAUUUUCACUGAACAGGUUGUCACAGCCCAUGCAGUUCGUGUACCUGUAACAGGAAAUCUGAGUGCCACCAUCACUGGGUUUUUGCCCAUUCACUGUAUCUACCAGCUUCUAAGGAGCCGGUCAUUCACCAAACACAAAGUGUCCAUAAAGGACUGGAUUUAUAGACAGCUGUGUGAAACCACCACACCACUUCAUCCUCAGUUACUUCCUCUUAUUGAUGUCUACAUUAACUCUAUUCUUACUCCCGCUUCUAAAUCCAACCCAGAAGCCACAAAUCAGCCAGUCACAGAACAGGAAAUCUUGAAUGUUUUUCAAGGACUCACUGGGGGAGAAAAUGCUCGUGUUAAUCAGCAUUACAGUAUCACAGCCCAGCUGCUUGUCCUCUAUUAUGUCCUUUCUUAUGAAGAGGCCCUCCUGGCUAACACAAAGACAUUAGCUGCCAUGCAAAAAAAGCCCAAAUCUUACUCUUCAGCACUGAUGGAUCAGAUUCCAAUCAAGUACCUUAUCCGGCAGGCACAAGGACUGCAGCAGGAACUGGGAGGCUUGCAUUCUGCGUUGCUGCGCCUCCUUGCUACUAACUACCCACACUUAUGUAUUGUGGACGAUUGGAUCUGUGAGGAGCAAAUCACGGGUACUGAUGCCUUGCUGCGACGGAUGCUUCUUACCAACACUGCCAAAAACCAUUCUUCCAAACAACUCCAAGAAGCAUUUUCCAUGCUCCCAGGAAAUCACACUCAGGUGAUGCAGAUUCUAGAACACUUAACACUGCUGUCUGCUGGUGAGCUGAUUCCCUAUGCAGAGGUAUUGACAUCAAAUAUGAACCAACUGCUGAAUACUGGAGUCCCACGGAGAAUUCUUCAGACAGUCAAUAAGCUUUGGAUGGUCCUUAACACUGUGAUGCCUAGAAGGUUGUGGGUGAUGACUGUUAAUGCGUUGCAGCCUUCCGUAAAGGUAGUCCGACAGCAAAAGUACACUCAGAAUGAUCUGAUGAUUGACCCUCUGAUUGUACUAAGAUGUGAUCAGAGAGUUCACAGGUGUCCUCCUCUGAUGGAUAUUACUCUGCACAUGCUGAAUGGAUAUCUCCUGGCUUCAAAAGCCUACCUUAGUUCCCACCUAAAGGAAACGGCUGAGCAGGACAUUAGGCCAUCCCAAAAUAUGAUGGGCCCAGAGGCCCCAGAAGUUACAAGAGAGGAACUGAAAAAUGCAUUGCUUGCUGCCCAGGACAGUGCUGCUGUGCAGAUCCUUUUAGAGAUUUGCUUACCUACAGAAGAGGAGAGAGCUCAGGGCAGCAACUCUCACAGUCUGCUAAAGAAUAUUCAAAGUGCUGCUGCCAUUGGACCUCAGAGUAAGGGUCUAGAAGAGGAAGAAGAUAGCCUUUUGUGUAAUCUUCGAGAAGUUCAGUGUCUCAUCUGCUGCCUACUGCAUCAAAUGUACAUUGCAGAUCCCAACAUUGUUAAACUAGUUCACUUUCAGGGUUAUCCAUGUGAACUUCUGUCACUGACAGUGGCAGGUAUUCCUUCCAUGCAUAUUUGUCUGGAUUUCAUACCAGAGCUCAUUGCUCAACCUGAACUUGAAAAACAGAUAUUUGCCAUCCAGCUGCUUUCAUAUUUGUGUAUCCAGUAUGCAUUACCUAAAUCUCUCAGUGUGGCUCGCUUAGCUAUCAAUGUCAUGGGAACACUGCUAACAGUUUUAACCCAGACAAAACGCUACGCUUUCUUCAUGCCGACCCUGCCUUGUUUGGUCUCCUUCUGCCAAGCCUUUCCUCCGCUGUAUGAUGAUAUUAUGUCUCUGCUGAUACAGAUAGGACAAGUUUGUGCCUCUGAUGUUGCUACACAGACAAGAGACUUUGAUCCAAUUAUUACACGUCUCCAGCAACUAAAGGAGAAACCAAAUGAAGAAUCAGGACUUUGUAAAGAUUCAUUUUAUAAGAGUGGACUAAAGAACAUAGGAAGCAUGGACCCUGAUGUUCAGUUAUGCCAGUGUAUUGAAAGGACCAUCAUUGAAAUAAUUAACAUGAGCGUUAGUGGAGUUUAGGAAAAACAGAAAUGAAGUUGGACUACAGCAAGUACGAUGUACAGUUUCUAAUGUUGGUAACAACUGCCAAAGUGGAAUUAGAAAUUGGAUUGGAACCAGUAGUAUCUUUCACUUGUUGGAUUCUACACAAAGUUGUGGACUGAUCCUGUCUAAAGAGGAGAAUUCUUAAGGAGAUCUGCACUGCUUUCCUUUGAAAGUCUCUCUGCCUUGAGUGGUGGUCCUAAAUGAAGACCUUUCUAGUGGAGUUAGGUUGUGAAUACCUGCAAUGUUUUCAUAUAACACCCUUUAAAAAAGCAGCCUGUGAAGUAAGCCUAAUGUUUGUCUUAGCAUGUUGAGCCUUCCCAUCUUGCAGAGACAUGGUGGGUAAGAGAAAAACAUGCAGGGAAAAUUGGGAUUGAAAAGCAUUAACCCAAACAGACAGUUGCAACAGUGUCUUGCAAAGCAAGAUGCAAUAAACUCCCUAAAGAACAGCAUGGAGAAGACUGGAAAAAACACUCUAAAUUGCUUCUGCAGUUUCAUGAAGUCCUAGACAAAGACUAAAAAUCAUUUUACUCACUUUCAAACCACUGCACAAGGUUUGAGUUGAUGAGAUCAGCAACUCUCAAAAUAUUAAAGCAUUCAUUUGCAGAUAAGUCGGCUUUUAAAAAAUUGUACCAACAAGUUUGGGAUGACUUUGAAAAAGUCUUGAAAUUGGUUAAAAAGUUUCAACAAAUGUUAAUACUGCAAAAGCACAUUCUUCUUAAAGAACUUUAUAAUGCUGCUCAAUUACCUUUAGUAAUUUUUUUUAAUGUUGCUUACUUAAACAUGAGAGGAGCCUAAAGCACUAAAUGCAAAAGAUCUCUUGAUUUAUCAUCUGGAUAGGAUUUAAAAAUCAGUGUUCUUGAGGCCAAAGUGAUUAACGCUAAAUUGCCUUGUGAUGAAUGGCAGUUUUUAGCCAUAGCAAAGUGGUUCUAGGAAAAGAGAUGUGUGAUGGAGUGGUGUCAGUUUGGCGAAUUAAAAGGAUCGAUCCUUCAGUAUUUCACACACUCAGAACUUUUGAAAGUAGUAAGUAAUUACUGCAUGCAAGAAAACUGCAGGAUGAGGCCUGGUACACCCUUCAGCAAUCUUCUGCAGCCAUGCGCAAGCUCUUUUGGUGUACAGGCUAACCAUCUCUACUAAAGCCAUAAAUAUAGGAAAGUAAAUGGCUUUGUGUGAGGUGAGUGUAGUACUUCUAGCAGGCAUUUUGCUAUUAAACUUACCAUUCUAAGAGGAUCUUCUAUUGUAUUAAAAUGACAGCAUCCAUGGUCUUUCUCAAAGAAAAAUAAAAUAUUCUGUUUGAUUAAACCUAUUUUUAAUCCUAUGAAGGAAUGACCUGAUUCUCUUAAAAACAGUGGCCUUCACUUUUGUGUAGCUUGUCCUUCAAAGGUAUCAGAUCAGAGUGCAGAAAAGCUAAUACUCAAAUUGCAAAACCAAAUGUACAAUACACAUUCCAGUAUUAUCUCCAUAUUGAUUGGUAAAAGCCUGCAAUAACCAUGUGUUAAUACACUUUUAGUAGGAAGGUGGUGUUCUUUUUGCCAUACGUAUUGAUGUAAAGUAUGUAAAUAAGUUAAAUUUUAUUUGUUUUUCUCAAGAUUGUAAUAUUUUAUAUACUGUAGUGACAUUUUAAGAGAAACCUAAUGUACAUAUAUUUUUGGAUGGAUUCAUAAACUGUUUCAAGUGGA